AUGAAAAAAACUCCCGUAGAUGAUACAUUUGUAUCUCUUGCGAAUGAUGGAGAGACAAUUUUAUGGAAGUUCGUUGCGCCAGAUACAAAGAAUUUAGCGGUUUAUAAUGGGACUCAAAUUGUUAUAUUUUCUUCUGCAAAAAACGACCAAUUUGUUCAAACAGCAAUCCUUGAAGACUAUGAUCCGUUCUUUGAGUUAAUUUUGUUGUUUAAUUUCCAAGAUGUGACAUUAUCUUCGACAACUUAUCUUGCUGGAAUUAGUCGCCAAGAGAAUACCAUUUUUUUGUGGAAAUUUACAAAUAAUGAUUCAG